AUGGCUGUGAUGACUGGCUCCCCCUGUGUCCAGCAUCAGCAGAGCUCAGCUUCCCUGGCAGCUUCCCUGGGCAUCAGUCCAGGGCUCACACUGUCCAGUCUCGGACAACUCCACCCUCCCGGCUUUCUCUGCAGUGAAAACCUCCUUCUAAAUGUCGGUCUUCAGACUCCACCCCAAACUGAUAGUCAUUUUUCCCACGGGGAAGGGACAAUGUUUGAUGGUGUGACUGGGAAGGACCCGCUUCGUGUGACUCAUGAGUGGCAAACCAAAGAGGAAAACGACCUCGCUGACCAAAGCUUGAUGGCCCUGUACUUCCCGGCCACCGUGGAGUUCACCUUGUACACGUUCAACCUGCGGAGCAGAGACACUCACGCCUACAAGCUGGUGCGCAUCCUGAGCGCCCGGAGAGAACAGAGGGAGGCCAUGCUGACUUUCUCCAUGGAGCUGGAGCUGGGCCGGACCAGGUGUGGAAAAUUUGAGGACGACAUUGAAAACUGCCCAUUCCAGGAGAGCCUAGAGGUAAGCAAUGGCAUGCUCAGCUGCUUCUUCACCAUCAGAACCCAGCCCUGGAGAACCAAAUUCCACCUCCUGAAUAGCACCUGCAAGGAUGAUGCCCCAAACUCCUGA